CCUCCGUGGGUUCGGUCUGCAAGGCUCGCGGAGAGCGAAUGUCGUCAUGAGCGAACAACAGGACAGUAUGGCUACCACUGUCGCUGUCAGUCCCAGCGAAUACCUUCAGCCCUCCUCUGCUUCAACACAACUUGACGAUCACACAUUUGGACCAAAGAGGGGCACAAUGGCAUCGCAGGACACUCAGCCCUCUCCUUUGGCCCUGCUGGCUGCCACCUGCAGUAAAAUCGGCCCUCCUGCUGCUCAGGCUCCUGUCACCUCUCCGCCAGCGCAGCCACAACCUCGCCGGCUCCUUCCUAUAAAGCCAGCUCCAAUAGCGCCAGCUCCACCGAAAAACCUUGGUUUCCUUUCAGCAAAGGGCAAUGUGAUCCAGCUACCUGCUGGCCUGGGCUCCACAGCUCCUGGCAGCCCCAUCGUCCUUACUAUCCAGCAGAGUCCUGCUCGUACCAGCACCUCGGCCACUCCUGGCAUCCAGUAUCAGGUGGUGCCGCAGAUCCAGGGUGCACAAACCAUUCAGGUGAUGCCACAGGGAGGUCAGAUCCAGCUCAUACCCGGUACCAACCAGGCCAUCAUUACCACUCCCAUGACCAUGCCGGCUCCGGCUGCAGCCACUGCUCCUGUCACGCCACAGAAGACCGUAGCCAUCAAGCCCUCCCUCAAGGUGCGGAAGCCAAACAAUACAGCUACAAACGUUGUGCAGCUGCCCAGUGGACUUACAAUUCCCCUCAACGUGGCUACAGGAGAAGUGGGUGGGACACAAAUCAUCACAGAGACAGCCGCAGCCCCUCCCACUCCUGGAAAGGCACGACGAGGGAGGAAAAAAAAGGCGGUACUGGCUGCCGAGCCUCCACCGCCGCCUCCAGCACAGGCUGCCUCUCCAACCCCAGAGCAGAUGGAGACCAUCCUAAUAGAAGCUGGUGAUAACAUCAUACAGGCAGGGAACAAUUUACUGAUUGUGCAAAGUCCUGGUCAACCUGCUAUGGUGCAACAGGUCCAGCUGGUCCAGCCCAAACCAGAUUCUCAGGUGGUUCAGAUCCCACAACAGGCUUUGAAGGUGGUACAGGCUGCCUCUGCUACGUUGCCACCCGUCCCGCAGAGACAGUCUGUCUCCUCAAAUCUGCAGGUCACUCCAACAGAAACAUCACCAACACAGAUUCUCUUUAAAACAGCAUCAGGUGAAUGGCAAUCGGUUCAGCUUCAGGACUCCAUGACAACAACAACCCCUGCCACCACAGUUGCUCCUACCACCACUGUCACACCACCAGCUGGCUCCAAGAGAACACAAGCUACCGGAGGACGAAAGGAGCGGACCUUGGCAAAAAUUGCCCCUGCAGGUGGAAUGAUACAAUUGAACACGUCGCAGCUCACCUCAGCAGCACAAGCAGUGCAGACCAUCAGCAUCAACGGGGUCCAAGUUCAGGGAGUUCCUGUUACCAUCACCAAUGCAGGCGGCCAGCAGCACCUAACGGUGCAGACCAUGCAGGGUGGAGGGCUCCAGCUGGCCACAGCACAGGGCCAGCCUGCUAUCCAGGUAGACCAGACCCUCACCCUGGAGUUGCCUGGCCAGCCAGGAGAAAAGAAACGACGCAUGGCCUGCACUUGCCCCAACUGUAAAGAUGCAGACAAGAGACCCAGUGAGGUGGGAAAGAGGAAACACAUCUGCCACGUCCCUGGCUGUGAAAAGACUUUUAGGAAAACAUCUCUGCUCAGAGCUCAUGUCCGGCUGCACACUGGCGAAAGACCCUUCGUCUGCAACUGGGUUUUCUGUGGGAAACGUUUCACGCGCAGUGACGAGCUGCAGAGGCACGCCAGGACGCACACAGGAGACAAGCGCUUUGAGUGCAGCCAGUGUCAGAAACGCUUCAUGCGGAGCGACCACCUGACAAAGCAUUACAAGACUCACAUAAACACCAAGAACUUGUGAGCAGACGGUAUACAGAUACAAAGACUCAGAAACUAACUGUGUUACAGGAAGGAUGGGCAGUGGAGAUGAGACCAAGGGAUUGUGCUUGUGACUUAUCCCACAAUGGGGAAACUCUCCAGAAUGAAAUGCUUGAUUCCCUGUCACUCUUCAAGGACACUGUGUAGCAUGGUGUACAAAGAAACCCUUCCUGGUGGACUUCAAACUUUCAGCAAAUUUAUUGACCAUUUUUUAAAAAAGUUUUUUUCCCCAUUUGGUCUGAACACGUGGACAGAUUACUGUGACUGAAUUUGUAAGGUGAAAAUGCUUUAGAUUUAAAUGCUUAACUCUGCUAGAUUAUUUAUGAACUUCUCUACUUCUGUGGUGGAAGAACAUUUACAGAUUUUUUUUUAAAAUUUUUGACUUUUAGAAAACCCAACACCAAGGAUUCCAGGACAUCAGUUACAAUUUCAGUCUCUUUUAUUUUGUUUUUUUUUUCUACCACAAAAACCUUCAUACUCUUUAUUAUAGAAUAUUAAGAAAUUUCAGAAAUUGAGGGUGAGGCCCCCCUCCCUCGAGUCAGCCAUGAUUAAAAUAUGUUUGAGAGUACUGGUCAAGCCAGCCUGAGUUCCCCUAUCCAAAAGCAAAGUGAUUGAGCUGCAGGCCAGAAGUCAUUGUGCCUUAAAACUUGUAAACAGUAAUGUAAAAAUAAAUCACAAAAAAAAAAAAAA